CCUCCCCCUUCCCCCCUCCGCGGGGCCUCCCCCGCCCUCCCGGUACAGCUGGGCCAGUGACGCUGGCGCGGCGGCCGCGGCGCUCCAUCCAUCCUUCCAUCCAUCCGUCCAUCCAACCAACCUCCGAAGCUGGCCCCCGCUCGCGUCCUGCUCCUCCCGUAGGCGUCCGACCGCACGAGCCGGCCCAGGGCACGCCAGGCGUCGCGGGGUCCCGACCGGGAGUGCAGCAGCCGGCCGGGCGGGCGCGCGCGUGCAGCGGCGGAGCGGGUUCUGCGGCGGCGGCGCGGGGUGCUGCGAGCGCCCUCCCCUCUUCCCCGGAGGUCUCGGCGCGGACUCCCCCUGGAGGCCGGAGUUGAGACUGCGCUGUAAGGACAUUGUAGCAGUGGCAGCCUAGAAUAGAAGGAAUAUGAAGAAGGAGUGCCAGCACUCUUGGACCAGAGAUGUACUUGGGCAGCCUGCCUGCUUUCUCAUUUAGUUGGGAAAGUGGAGGAGUGAAGCUGGCGGUGGGCCAGGCCUGCACAAGACAGGUUGAGCUUCUCCAGGGGAAGACCUCCCUCUCAAUCCACUUUUGUGGUUCCAUGAUUAUCUGCCUAUUGUUGAUGACUGAAAAGUUUAAGGGCCAGUCCUGAGGUGAAGCUGCUCCUGGCUGGCUUUGGGAUUCUUACUUCUGGAUUUUAAAGCCUCUCUUUUUUUAAAUAAAUAAAUAAAUAAAUAAAAACAUCGGACGGAUAAAAGAUGUGCCAUGGCAGGAUAGCACCAAAGAGCAGCUCAGUGUUUGUCGUGACCUCCGUGUGGCAUGGAGUGUUCCUUCAGCUGGUGAUCCUUAGCGCUCUGUUUGGAGAUGGAUUAACCUCCGUGUGCCCUCUGCCCCCAGAGCCAGAGAAUGGUGGCUACAUUUGCCACCCCCGGCCCUGCAAAGACCCCUUGACAGCAGGCAGUGUCAUCGAGUACCUCUGUGCAGAAGGCUACAUGUUGAAGGGGGACUACAAAUACCUGACCUGCAAGGAUGGCGAGUGGAAGCCGGCCAUGGAGGUUAGCUGUCAUCUCAAUGAAGACAAAGAAACGCACACGUCACUCGGGGUCCCUGCACUGUCCAUAGUGGCCUCCACUGCCAGCUCUGUAGCACUCAUUCUUCUCCUCGUGGUGCUGUUUGUCCUGCUGCAGCCAAAGCUGAAGUCUUUCCAUCAUAGCAGGCGUGACCAGGGUGUUUCUGGGGACCAAGUUUCCAUCAUGGUGGAUGGGGUCCAGGUUGCUCUACCUUCAUACGAGGAAGCUGUGUAUGGCAGUUCUGGUCACUGCAUGCCACCGGCUGACCCCAGAGUACAGAUUGUUCUGUCGGAAGGUUCUGCACCUACUGGGAGGAACGUGCCAAGGGAGCAGCAGCUGCAGGGCCAGGGGGCCUGCUCCUCAGCAGGUGGAGAGGAUGAGGCCCCGGGCCAUUCUGGGCUGUGUGAAGCCUGGGGUUCCCAGGGCUCAGAGACUGUGAUGGUGCACCAGGCAACCACAUCUUCCUGGGUGGCCGGCUCAGGGAGCAGCCAGCUGACACACAAAGACACUGCAGACUCGGAGAACAGUGACAUACAAAGCCUUUUAUCCCUCACAUCAGAGGAGUACACAGAUGAUAUCCCCCUAUUGAAAGAAGCAUGAGGACUGCCCGUCCUCUCUCCUCUCUGCCCGUCCUCUCUCCUCCUGUGGGUUUGAGAACCAUGUCCUCUCCAGUUGCCCCACCUGGAUGCCUGAGCUGCCACCUGUGUAUCUGUGUGUACCUGAGGGCCUGCAGGCCACCCCGCUGGAUACUCAAGGAAGAUUCUCACCAUCUGCCCACUGAACAGCUGGAGGACCUGGCUCUUUGCCUGGCCCAGCCUUCCCAUCUGUCAGGGACAUGUCUGAAUGUGCUGGAUUGAAUCCUCCCUUUCCCCAAGCCACUGGGUCCCUUGCAGCCAGCUCUCUGGUGGCAGCCCCACAGUCAUGAGGGCCUGAGCACUGCUCUGUUUACUUGUGCCUUCCCCCACCCUGUCCAGGUUCCCUGUGUGCAGGUGGGUUGCUGUCCACAGGCCUUAGUGGCUGUUGCUACCUGUACAUAGGGGCUGGUCCUGGGGCUGCAGAAACAGAGUGAACAGUAAGGCCCUCAAAGCAGGAGUGACUCUUACUGGGGCCUGAGUGUGGGUCCCUGAACUUGCCCUGUGUGUUGACAUUGAUGGCAUCUUCCUUGGCUGAGGAUAGAAGGUUUGGGAAGUCGUGCCAAACCUGCCCGGCACUCAGCUGUUCAGCUCGGAUGCAGGUUCCUGACUCUUUGGAGUUUCCAAGGAGCACACAGAAGACCUAUGGGAAGGAAGAAGGUUGUCAGAUAAUGAUUGUCUUCCUAAUAUGCAAGUUCUCACUUCCUGCUUCCAGCAUUGGCUGCCUUGGCCUUGGUUUCUGUUCCUGAAUAAGGGGAAGUUGCAUGCUGUCUCCUGGAUUUCGUCCUAGGUAGCUCUGGCUUCCUUGCAGCCCACAGAACCCCAAGAUUUGCUGAGAUGCCAACAAAAGCUCAUCUGGGUUUUGGCAGUCUGAGCAAGUUGCCUGUUUCUAGGUUUGUGGUGAUGGAGGAGAGGUUGAGAGGUACAGACCAAGUCCCCCGUGGCUGCAGGCAGCUCCGGCCAGGUCCCGAGGACCCUCCUUACCACAGUCAUGUGCCUUAGUAACUAUGCCCAGGAAGUGGCCCGCUGUCCCGCUGCUCCUCUCCCUCUGCUCUUCUCCACACUCUUCCACAGAGCAUUGCUGACAAGCUGCUCUACCUGUCCUCCAGGCCUGAGAAAUGACCCCAGCACCCUGGCUUUUCCAGCUAAUGUGGGUCGGUGGGUUCCCAGAAGCCUGAGAAGUAGGCCUUGGGAGUGGGAAAGUACUGGCCUUGGAGGGGUGGGUGCUCUUCCUAUGGCACUGAAUGCCUGGCUAGCUGAGCCCCACCAGGUUUCUGCCAUCUUCAGAAGACAUGUGGUGUUAGGCUCUCCGUCGCGCACGCUCUUUCUCUCUCUCCUCUCUUUCUUCCUUUCCUUCUUUCUUUCUUUCCCUCAAGCAUCAAGGCUGGGAAACGUCAGAGCCAAUCCUGGACUGCACCUGUGAUGUUUCUCCCUGAGCCUGUCUGGUAAAAAUAGUAAAAAGCCCAGUGUAUUUAUAGUUCCUGACCCAACGGGUUAGUUCCAGGCAUCAGCGGCCUCAGAUGGGGGAAUGCCAUCCCCUACCCACUGCCCACAGCCUCCACUUACAAUGCACUUUAGUCCCUGGCAUGCCUGGUUUCCUGCCAUACCCUCGUCUCCUUUCCUCUCAGGGUAAGGGCAGUGCCUGCUGUCCCUGCUGGCCACUCUCACAUCCCCAGAAGGCCAGUCUGUUGUGCCCAGUGUCCAGUGUGGUUGGCUAGGCCUGGAGAAGGUGCUAGAACUAGAAGACUAAAGCCCAGUGGAGACAGUGCACACCUCAGCAGCUGCCGUCAGUGGUCACUAUGGUUCUCCUUCACCCUCCUCCAGAGGAAGGCAGGGCAGAGGGCCGGGAGUCUUCUGAAUGAGCCCUCUGCUUGCUGCUCUUCUGAAAAUCUGAAUUCUGCUCUAGGACUUUUUAAAAGAAAAAAGGAAGAUCCCUCCCUUUCUGUAUCUUUACUCUGGGUUUUUGCCUCUUAACAGAUUGCACUUUUUGUUUUGGAUUUAUUUAGCUACAUGGUAACUGGCUUGGCCCUUGGGUAAAAGAACCUCUUGGUGCCUCCUUCCUUCCUUCUCCCGAUCGUUAACCUGCUCUCUGGGGAUCACAAGCCAGGUCAUCUGACUGGGGGGUGAGGCCAUAUUCCCAUCCUCCUAUCACUGGUUUCAAGAAGGUCUGUUCUUAGAGUUUCCCACCUGCUGCUGCUGGCAUCUGUGACUUCCUCCUGUGUUGUUCCUUCUUCUGAAGCCAUUUCUUAACCGUCAGCCAUGUGCUGUGGUUUGGGGGGCAUCUGUACUUUGUCCCUUACAGAGGGACUGGGGGACUUAAUUGCCUUGAGGUGGAGCCUGGCUAGAAACAGGGUCAGUGGCAGGUGCCAGGCUGUUAGGCAGGAAGGAACUUAGAGCAAGUGGGAAGAAGCUAGGCAGCUUGCUUUGCUGGGCUCACCUCCAGGGACAUCCUGCAGACUUGUCCAAAAGGCAGUUGGCACCAAAGGACUUUUACACAGAGGUGUGUUUUGUUUUUUUGGUUUGGGAGAUGAUUUUGCUUUUUCAUAUGUGUGCUGACUCAAUGCAGGUUUUAUAUCCUGGUGACUUGCUGUCAUAGUCUAUCAAUUUCCAAGGGUGAAAUAAGUAAAUAGAAAAUUCCGUCCCUCCAUGCCUUAGUUUAACAGGUAGGCUCUAUCUGCCCGGGUCUGUAUUUUGUGUGAUGUUUCUAUAUUCCUGUCUCACUGGGUGAGGACUGUGAAAUGGGUGGAGUCUUGACCACUUGGUGGAUUUGUUUGCUUUUAUAAGGCAUUUCACUGUACAUUCAACAAGCACUCCAUUUGCAAAGAGAACUUUCAGUAAUUCGUCUUACCUAUUCCUCUUGCCCUCCUGCCUCCACCGCCAGCUUUACAGUCUAGAGAAGCCAGGCUACGCGACAAAGGUAUACUUUUCCUGCUCUGUGAAGUGGCCGAAUGGGGUAGAUGGCAGCUGGCCUUUUCCCUCCCAAUCCCAUCAGAGCUCUUGAAAUACUUGGCUUCCUACCUAACAAUGUCUCCUCUGUUCCUGAGGAACAUUCUAGAUUAGAAAAUGGAAUAUGCUGCAAACAUUUCUAGAUCCUUGCUCCCUUCCUCCUCCUUAAAGAGCAAAGAGAGGCUAGAAGGGACAGAUAGCAUGCCUACUACACGGCUUAAUUCCAAGUACCCUUGCGCCUGGCAGUGUGGCUGGAGCCUCCCUGAGGGGCCUGCUGGGUCUAAUGCAGCCCUAGAGAAUAAUUUUCUGGGCAGAUAUUUAGGCUGACGAUGUGGUAGCUGGUUCCCUGGAAAGCCAGAGUGGCGGAGCCAGUUUUUCUGAGAUGUGAUUAAUUUCCAGCUGCAAAUGUAGUAGAGUUUUUAACAAAGCUCCUCCCCACCCCAUCCCACCCCCAAAAAAGCUCACCGGGUGUGGUGUGGGAAAAGAGCACUUAGACUGCCAAGUAGGGAGAGGAAAUGGCUGUGGGCUGCAUGGCUGUAUGCACACUAGCCUGGCUUCUUAAGGUUGUGCACCACUAUGGGAUCCUUUGCAGAAUGGUACUCAUGUAAUGGUUUAAAACAACACAUGCAUAAUUGAUUGUGCAGGAUGUCAAUCAAUCUGGGUUUGCUUUAUUUUAUUUUAUAUAUAUAUUUUUUGGUAUCCUGUACAUUGCAGUGGGUAUGAAGAUAGUAUUUUAAUAUUUGUACAAAGUUUAAUUUAAUUUUAAUUGUUCUAUGUA